AUGGCAAAUGGGUACAAUAAUGUCAAUAAGAAAAAUUAUGUAGCUUGUAGGAAGCAAGAAGGGUUGAUUAGAUGGCAACUGCCGAGGGACAAUUUCUUCAAAUCGAAUUUUGACAGUUCCGUCAGGAACUUUGUAGCGGCGACGGGUUUUAUCUUAAGGAAUGACCGGGGAGAACCGGUAAUGGCUGGAGCCAGAUCUUUAGGGGAGGUGACAAUAAAUGUUGUGGAGUGCAUUGCUCUUAGGGAUGCACUUUGGAUGGUGAAGAGUAGAGGUCUUAAGAAGAUAAUGGUAGAGGGAGAUUCAAAGCUGGUUGUUGAUGUGGUCUAG